UACGGAAACCGGAAGUCAUUCGACUACGUUGGCGAAAGUGCUGUCAUCGUGUAGGCCGGCAGAGGAAAUGUUCACUGAACAGCCUGGCUGGAGUUCACCAUGUGAGGAGGUUGCGCGCAUACCGGUGUCUGGUUAGUGUUUCAUGUACAGUCAGCUCCCUCGGCAGAGACAGCAAACGCCCUCAGGCACCAGUUAGUCCGAAGACAACAUCGAGAAUGGACGACUGUUCUCGACAAACGCCGAUGUUUACAUUCGGCGUGAUAGCUGACAUUCAGUACGCUGACAUCGACGACGGGUACAACUACGUCCGGACCCGGAAGCGGUACUACCGGAACGGCCUCCAGCUGCUGAGAAAUGCCCAGGAAAGUUGGUCGGAGUCGGCUGUCAAACCAGAGUUUAUCCUCCAGUUGGGAGACAUUAUUGACGGCUUCAACAAGCGCCACGACGCCUCCGACCGAGCGCUGGACACCGUGCUGAGGGAGUUCAGCUGCAGCUCCGUGGAGGUGCACCAUGUGUGGGGGAACCAUGAGCUUUAUAACUUCAGCAGGAGCUCGCUGCUGCGGUCAAAGCUCAACAGCACACCGCACUGUGACAGCACUGUGAGUGGAGCCCAGGCCGGCGGAGAUAUCUACUCCUACCGCUUCAGCCCGUUCCCGGGGUUCACAUUUGUUAUCCUGGAUGCCUACGAUGUGAGCCUGCUGGGCAGAGAGGAGUCCAGUGACGAGUACUGCCAUGCUAUGGAUCUGAUAAAACAAUUCAACAACAACGAGGAUCUCAACUGUCCCCCAGCGUGUGACGGCCUGCAGCAGAGGUUUACAAUGUUCAACGGUGGGUUCAGUAAGGACCAGCUGAAGUGGCUAGAGUCGGUUCUGUCCUCAGCCGAUGAGAAACGGGAAAAAGUCACAAUUGUCAGUCACCUCCCUGUACACCCCCACUCCACAGACCCUAUGUGCCUCGCCUGGAACUUCGAUGAGCUCCUGGCCAUCAUACGGUCCCACAGCAGUGUGGUGUGUUUCAUGGCUGGACACGACCACGACGGCGGAUACUGCCGGGACAAAGACACGGGAGUGCACCACCUCACAUUAGAGGGCGUGAUUGAGACUCCGCCUGAAGGCAAUGCCUU